CGCUCUGAGCGGUGGCCACGAUCGAUCGACUCUGACUGAUGCACCGAAGAUGUCCCAAACCACCUACGCACAAGGGGUUCUUUUUUUUUUGUUGCAAGUAGUCUGCGUAAUGUUUCUAGCAUGGUGGAAGCUUUUUCUGGUUUAUAUAGGUACGCCGAGCAAGUCAACCUCAGAUUGUAUUAGAGAGCAAGAAACCCUAUAGUAGGACUUAUAUAAGAUUCAAUGUAGCACAUUUCUCCAGGCUAUAUAAAUAGGAUUAGAGAAAUCAGCCACAUUCUGCAACAUAACUAGCAGGAGUACAUUUUGCCUAAUAGUGUCCACCUUACUGUCAGAAAAUCAAAUCUGGAUGCCCUACUUCAGGGUUUGGCGAAGCAAAUCAAUUCGGGUGGCUUGAAAUACACAUACCUCUUUCAAUUAGCAAGAAGAUUGGUCAGUGAACAACAGACAGCCUUGCAACCUUUUCUCUUUAUCUUUAUACCCUGCAGCUAGCCACCCACAAGCAAAGAAUUGAUUUUUGUAUUUAGUGAAAUCACAAAAGAUGAAAGAGGAAAAUCAAAGCAAAAGGAAAGAAUAUCACCAGUUUCUUUUAUUCUAUAAGGCAUUUGUGCACACACACAGAAGCAGGAAGGACCCAAAUAUUUCGGCGCAGCAUGUUACAUGAUCCUUUUUGACUCUCCAAUCCGUCCAUCUGGUAGUGGCACCUGAACAAUCUAUUUGCUGUCCCUCGAGCGAGAUACUCUCUACAUAGCCCAGUUGUUAAACUUAACCAAGGAAGUCAGAAAAUUGUUGAAGAGCUGAUCGGAUCUUAAGCCCCAAAUGGAAUUAAUAUAGAUACUGUAGAUCGACGGAUCCAACCAAUUCAUUAUGCGUACAGAGGUUAUCAAGGCGGACACCAUUGAUGCUGCCAUUGAAAGGAUUCUCAGUGAGCUUGGGGCGGACACUAGAAGAAGCAGCAACAGAAAGAACACCAUCUAUUUUGAUGGCUGGAACGGGCUUGGGGCAUCUACGGUCCUGCAAGCCGUAGCCAAACGCCUUGCAGUAUCAGGUGACCUCUCGAUGAGGCAUGUGGGGCUGGAGUUUCAGAAAAUCAUCCACAUUGAUUGCUCAAAGUGGGAGAGCAGAAGAGCUAUGCAGAGGAAAAUUGCAGAGCAGCUGAAGCUUACCGAUUCAAUGAUGGAGAUAUUUGACAAACAAGACGAGGAGGAUGAUUUCAAUGGGUUAGACCAGGGUUCCCGGGCUGAGAUAGCACAAAUUUCCACUGAGAUCUAUCAAACCAUGCAGAAUCACAGAUUCCUGGUGAUCCUACACAACGGAGGCAAUCAGGAGAUCGAUAUAUUCAAUUCUGGUCUUUCUCUAUAUGAAUAUGCCAAUAGCAAGAUGUUGUGGACUUUCAGAGGGAGGUUUCGUCUUGACCCCAAGGUGAUCGACAAUGUGAAGAAGAGCACAACAACAGAUGUUCUUCUUUCAGCUUCAAGAGAUAGGCGAGAUCCGCAGGAGCUUUGGUCUUAUCUAGUGCGCCAUGAAGCUGCACAAGUUUCCUGGAAUAAGCAUGGACAUGCCAUCAUCGAUUCAGCAAUUGCUGCUAAGUGUGUUUCAUAUAUGCUGAAACAAUCCUGGAUUGGCUCUCACAUCAUUGACUACAACUGGGAUAUCCACGCCAGCAUUGAUCAAGCAUGGAAAGUUGGCAAUGCUCUGCAGCAGGAGGUGCAGUUGUUGUUGGACAUGGACGGUCGGCUUAACAAUGAUGAAUCAAGACUAAUGACUUUCAGCGCUCAGCUGGCAAGCUCUGCCGAUGUCAUGCCAUACUGGAUGUCAACAACAACUUGUGGAUUUGUACUGAGCCCCUCUGGUGCUAUUCUUGAUACCAUGUUUCAACACUCGCACAUGCUCGGCGUGCUCAAAAUCUCAAGGUGUGCCUUCAGUUUCUCAUCACCUCCUUUCCUCUGUUGCCACAGCCUGAGAUUCCUAUCUCUUGAGUACUGUCAAGACCUCCGAACAAGAACAAGCACCACCGAUCGUUGCCAGUCAGAUGCAGACAAACAUGAGAAGGAGUUGGACAAGAGCCCCAUAAUGUCGUGGGAAUGUUUUCGAAGCUUGUGGGUGCUUGAUGUUCGCUACACAGAUUGGGAUCAGAUCUUGUCCACAGAGGUGAUAGAUCUCAUGACCCAGCUCAGGGAGUUAAACGUGAUUGGAGCCAAUAACUGGGACAUGAGCCAUCUACGGGGAAGGCUGCAUAACAUUCGCAAGCUCCGUGUAACAAAGUCCACCUGCUUCUUCAACAAUGAUGUGUUCUCAGAGAUGAAAUGCAUAGAGCUUCUUGAUUUUUCAGGAAAUAUUGUCAGACAAGGCAUGACAAGCUUAUCAGGGCCAGCGAGCAACAGUAGCCUUAACAAUGUCAUUAUUGAUGGGUGUGAGGGUUUAAAAAUUAUCUCUUUCAGGGACUGCAAAGAAUUGAAAAACCUGUUGUUAAAAGGAUCUCUGUGGGGUCUUGAGGAGCUGGAUCUCUCAGGCACAAACGUAAAAUCCCUCAACCUAGGCGGAGUAGAAUCCAAACUCCCCAAGAGGAUCAUCCUGCAGCACUGCGAGAAGCUCCGUGCAAUAUUAUGGCCAGAGAGUGUAAUAAAAGAGGAAAACGGGUGGUUCGUGCUGCGGAUUGACACUACCUCAACAUCAGCAUCAACUGGUGGAGGGGAAUCAACACAUGCACAUCCACAGUGUGAGCAAUCCCUCCAGCAGCAGAAAGAAAAACAGUUUAAGGAUGGAUGGCAGAUCUCUUCCAUGGAUGCAAGGAUCCUUAGGUCGCUUUCUCCAGCUGUAACAAGUUUUUAUGGUUUUGCAUCCUUACAUCUUGAUAUCUAUUCUCUAGCUAUUCUUGGUGGUUGCAUACAAGGAACAAGCAGUGACAAACUAGUGCAAGUCCAACCACAUACAAGUACCAUGAUGGACUCCGAGUACAGAGACGUCGCCAAGGAUGGCCCAGUUGAAGUGAUGAUGACGUGGAAGUGCCCUGGGAUAAGCACUAGUAAUACAUGGCCGUUCUUAGGCAAAACUUGUAUCAUAAAGGUGAUCAUGCCCGGGAAGGGCAACAAGCUCUUGGAAGAUGCUCCAAGUGCUAGUACUAGUGCUUUAUUAUUCCCUGAUUUUACAUAUGAAUGGGCUGAAUCGCUGCACGUGUACGAUAACUCGUCCAUCACCAGUAUCCCGGCACCACCCAAAGGGUCAGGAUGGCGUAGGCUAAGAUGGUGCCAGGUCGAGAGGUGCCCCAAGUUACACACAGUCUUCACUAUUCCCAUGGGCAGUGAUGUGGGCAGCUUUUAUUAUCUGUGGGCAUUCUGGGCAUCCCAGCUCCUCUCUCCAUGCUACAUCUGGGACAGGCCAAUUAAUAAUACUGCUCCAUUCCUGAAUUUAUUGCACCUCGACCACUGCCCCAGGCUCGUCCAUGUGCUCCCUCUCUGCAGACGGAACAUAAGUAGGUAUUCUAGUGAUAAUGUACUGGAGAGCCUACUGGUUCUAGAGAUAGUGUACUGCAGUGACCUCAAGGAGGUAUUCCCUUUGGACCUGGAGCUUCACGCGCAGGAUGAUAUAGUUAUGAAAUUCCCUCGCCUAAGGUGCAUCCACCUGCACGAGCUCCCCACGCUGCAGCGUAUCUGUGGGCACAGGAUGUACGCGCCUUACCUAGAGACCAUCAAGAUCAGGGGCUGCUGGAGCCUCAGGCGUCUGCCGACAGUUGAGCGCUACCCCAAGCCCAAGGUGGACUGCGAGAAAGAAUGGUGGGACAACCUGGAGUGGGACGGGCUGCAGGCACGCCACCACCCUUCCCUCUACGAGCCGAGCCACUCGCUGUACUACAAGGCCCAGCUGCCCAGAGGGAGCCUACUCAGGUGAGGAGGUAAUCUUUAGGUUCCUUCAACCGACAUAACUCAAGUUUUCGUGCUGUGCUUCCUGCUUGAUUGGUUUGUGGGUUCUCUUCUCUACGUCCGAUUACUGCAUUGCCAUGGUGUGGCAAUGAACUGGCAGUUUUGGUCUGAUUUGAUUUGAUUUGGUUUGAUCAUCUUUGCUCUGUCGAUUGGAGUACCGGUCAUCUGGUUGCAUAGGUGAUGGUACAAUCUCUGGAGCAAAAUGAGAAAUAAAUCAGAGUGGGUAUUCGACUGAUGCAGCAUGAACCCCUUGAUGCUGACAUCGAUGCCGUGCUCCUUCUCUGUGUGUAUGAUGUUGUUUGUUAUGGUAUGGUUUUUUAGCUGUGGACUUAUUGUAAUUUUAAUCAUAAAUGAUUGUGUAUGUGGUAAUGUUUGUUGCGGUGUGACUAGUCAGCUAUGGACUGAUUGUAUUUUUUAAACAUAAAAUUUGUGAUGGUUAUGAUUAUG